ACACAAACGGGAUUAGCUAACCUAAUGUCUUUGACUGAUGCUAAUCUAUCACAACUUUUAAAUUUAGGAUUUGAUCAUGAAUUAUGUAUACAGGCUCUAUCUCAACAUAAUGAUGUGCAACAAGCAAUUGAAUGGAUAUUGACUUUACAAGAGGAAAAUGGUACUACAACUAGUAAUGUUGAAAUACCUUGGAACAAUACUCCAUUCAUAAAUACUACUACAACAUCUAAUGAUUCUUAUCAAGAUCAGCAAGAACUGGAACGACAAAGAACAGCCUCAGCAAAAGAAGCCUUGAAACUUCGACAACAGAGACGACUAGAUCAACAAGCGCGACAACGAGCCCUUAAUGAUAUAAAAGAAGAUCGUGCUUAUGUCAAUCAAAUCAGACCAAAGUCAACUAUAAGUCCUUCUCAAAAUACACCAACGUCUCAUCAUCUCGAUACCCAUCAAGUCAUUCUGGCUCAUAAUCAACAAGAAAUCAAGAAACAGCGUCAAUUAGACCGUCUAGCGAAACAACGUAUUUUGGAUCAAAUCAAAAUGGACCGAUUGGAUAAACGAAAAAAGUUACAACAACCCUCUUCUUCUCGUACAUCAUCAGCAACAACAAUUGCAUCAAAUCCACUAGCUGCAGUGGAAAAAGAAAACCAGAUACCUCAAAUGACUGCUUCUCAACAACAUCACGACAGCGACAACAUGAAUGAUACCAUCUCACAAACUGCUCUUAUUCAGUUGAAACUCAGAAACGGACAGACGGUUCGACAUUCUUUUGAUGCUAAUGAACGGAUACAGGAUAUUUUCCAAUUUGUCAAAGAGCAAGAAGCAGGUGGGAAUCAUUCUUUUGGCGUUGAUGAUCAAGUGCUUUUGAUAUCGGCUUUCCCUCGACGUACUUUUGGUAGUGAAGAAAGUAAUAUUUCAGUACGUGAUGCAGGAUUCAUGCCUAACGUAUCAUUGAAUGUUUCCCGAGUAUCACCUGCAGAAUCUGCCUCAUCGAUAGAGACAACAAAUACAAUGCCUAUGGAAACAAAUGAUGAAGAUGACAGCAUGAAUAGUGAUAGUGAAGAGGACAAUGAUGAUGUUAGUAAUUUUAUCAGACAACCAGUGGCAGAUCCCCAUCGUUCUCGAAGAAAUACUACUCAUCCAAGAUUUGCACGUCAGAAUCGAGUCACUAAUCCAAACUGGCUUUUACAUCAUCUCGGACGUCGACUUGGUGAUGACGAUAAUACAAGCAAUCGAUCUAGUACUCUUGACCAGCAAGAUGAAAAUGAUGAAAGGCGACAACAUAUACUUACAACUAUCCAACAACGGUUGUCACAAAAUACUACUAACGAUAAUUUGAACAAUAUAUACGAACGAAAAUUGAAAUGGAAUGCUCGAUCUCUGAAAGAUCUAUGUAUUUCUCAAGUAGCAGCUAUUAUAUCCUCGUCAAAUAAGGAUACUUUACGAUUGCUGCGUUAUUUGACCAAUUUAUCGUCAGAAUUGAUAACUCUUCUGGUGGACAAACUGGUGGAAACAAGAAACUUGAAUCAACUAUCUAUGUCUCAGUUGGCACGGCAUUGCUAUAUACAACAAGUGACUCUGAGUUCUUAUGUCUAUGCUACAGAUUCGUUAUUAAAAGAAUUAUCUCAGUCAAGAACAUUAUCCAAGAUUGUAUUGCGCAGUUGUGAUUUAAUCACUGAUUCUGGGAUCAAACAUUUAGAAGGUCUCAAAUAUCUUGAAUAUUUGGAUGUCAGUAAUUGCAAGAUUACUGAUAAAGGAUUCCAAUCGAUUGCAAAGUUACCUCAUCUUGUUUAUCUCAACAUGUCAAAAACUCAUAUCACUGAUAAAGGAUUCCGAUGGUUCAUCUCUCAUACAGAAUGUCAAAACUCCUUGCAAACCCUUCUACUUAGUGGAUGUCAAGGAAUCACAUCCAAUCAAACAAUCUCCUCGUUACAAGAUUUCUCUUCCUUGUCACAUUUGUCAGUCAGUGGUACCAAAUUGGGAGAACAACAAUUGAAGCCUGGAACAAUGAAGAAACUGUACGACACUCUGGAACUAUUGGAUAUCAGCGGUACAGGAAUGACGGAUCAAGAUUUGAUGCGAUUGACAAGUGAAUUUGGACAUUUAUUGGAAUUAAAAUUAGGAGGAUGUCUUUCCAUAACCACUCGAGGACUUUCUUGUCUUGUAGGAAAUGCGAAACAUCUCGAAGAUUUACAAUUCCCCAAUCGAGAACAUGAUAUUGAUGGUGUUUUGGCUCGUCUCACAGAUCUUCCUUUACGGCGACUCUUCCUAAAUGGAUUUUUACAGUUGACGGAUACUGGAUUACAACAUAUUGCCAAGAUGGGCCAACUACGCCAAGUCAGCUUGGCUGGUGUCAAAGUAACAGAUACUGGUAUUGCAUUAUUGGCAGACUUGCAAGAUCUUGAACAACUUUAUUUGGAUCAAACCAAUGUCACGGAUGAAGGAUUAGGUCAUCUCAAACGAUUGACUAAACUGAAUACAUUAUCAUUGGGACGAACACAUAUUACCGACAAAGCAUUGAUUGCCAUGAGUGAUCUUGAGGAAACGCUAUAUGCACGACAACUUUAUACGUUGAAUUUACAAGAUUGUAGUGCCGUGACGGAUCGUGGAGUUAAGGCUUUAGCUAAUUUAAUCAAUCUCACUCAUCUCAAUUUGGAUCGUACUGGUGUCAGUCUCCAAUGCUUACAUUACUUAAAAGAUAUGGAACACUUGCGACCUGUUCGACUUUAUGGUAUUGAAAAAGUAGAGCCCGAUGUGAUGAUGAUGGAAGAAACAUAGUUCAUAUAUAUAUUGGGUUUAGUCUAGUUUUUGUAGUAAAUGAUCAACACAAACAAAAACUAAAAAUAAAAAUAAACUUUAUUCAAAACUA